AUGACCUCAUCAACUUGUACCUCACCAACAUUCAUUAACUGGGAAGAAUGGGAUGAUUCUUUGACUUCAUCCUCUUCUGACGAGACUAUAAUACUCGAUACUAAAAUCGACGAGUUUUAUUCAACUUUCGAAGCCUCAAAUGCUGAAUCUUGUACACCAACUUGUGCCUCACCACGCCCUAUCACUCCGAGUAGCGAGGUCGUCUGGAGAGAUUGGGUCUAUACUUUCGAUCCAUACUCCCCUGAUGAGACUGUGACAACUGAGUCCAAUAUCAGCAAGCCUGACUCAAAAUUUGAAGCUUCGAGCACAGAAACUUCUGGCGAAGAUAUCCAGUUGGAGAUCGAGUCAUUGCCCGUUCUUGAUCCCAGCGACGCCUCUCCGAUUACACCUCACCUUGCACAUAAUCUGAAUCGAAUAUGCUCAAAACAAUCUGGACAGAUUGUCACGGAGAUUGCAUAUGAACAAGAGCCAAUUGUUGACACAAACAGAGACCAGAUAGAGGAUCAACUUCGAAAAUUGCGACGAGAUUUACAAAAUGGGCUAUUAACCAAAGGUGAACCAGCAAAGAAAGACAUUAUGGACGAGAUGUCCUCUCGUCUAUCUGUUCUCGAAAACCUGAAGCCCCCAGCAAUCUCUAUUUCUGUCGUAAGGAUCCCAAAAUUACUUGGAGCCAUUCUGAGACUCGAGGAAAUACCUAAAGACGUUGAAUUGCGAUUUAAGGAACGAACACAGACUUUGCUCAAUAGUUUGAAUAUUAUUUUGGAGGAUGAGGAUCCUGUCAAGAAGUCAAAUUUACAGCCUGAAGGAUCACAAAAUUUGGUAGUGGAUAUCAAUGGACCCGCGGAAAUAUCUCUUACCGAAAAGGCUCAGCCUGCGAGUCUCUCGGAAAAAUUGAUGGAAGAUAGAAUAAAGGCUCCAUCACCACAACCAUUAGUAAUUGAUCUAACUGAGACCGAUGAUGAACCAGAAACGCCCUCUCAGAUGAAUGUUCAUGAGCUUAAUGUAGUCGCAAUGGAGCCGAAAAAAAGAAAGCGGAAACAUCCCGAUACAUCAAUUUCAAGCCUAGGUACAAAACUAUCUCCACGGCAAUCAAAGCGGGUGAAAAAAGUUCAAGACUAUCUACCUCAAGAGAAUAUAUGGAUCAGUACAGCAUUGAAAUGGAUAGAAAAUAUCGUCAAGGAGAGUGAUGGAGAUACAAUUCAGAUAAAGAGAACUGAUUUGUUGGGGCUAAAGGGUGAACUGGAAGUCUGGCGUAUGGAGGAUAUGAAUGUGACAAGAGAAUUGGAGUUGUUAGAGUAA